AUGUGUCUCUCUAUUUUUCUGUCUGUCACUACUAACUAUUUUCCCUUCAGUGUUUUUCUCCUUCAAACCUUUUCAACCUUUGCUAACUCUUUCUCCCCUAACGCCUAUCUGUGUGUGUGUACUCGCGCGUGUGUGUGUGUGUGUGUGUGUGUGUGUGUCAGACUCUGAGCUCGGUGCAGAAGUUGGUGGACAUUGAGCCUUCGCCCGUCAGUGCCAUGAGGAUGACGCUGGCACAGAGUCGUAAGUUGGAGACAGACACGGGGAGCCAGACAGAGGAGCACAGUCUGAACAAGGAGGCCAGGAAAUGGGCAACCAGAAUGGCCCGAGAACACAAGAACAUCGUCCACUACAAGAGAAGCCUGGAGGAGUGUGAGACACUGGGAGUCCCUCAAACAGAGCAGGGCCGGCUUGAUCUGGAGCUGAAGAUAGAGGAUACCAAAGAGAACAUCCGCAAGGCUGAGGUUUGUGUUUGUUAGAAGAAAGGUAGACCUAUAGGCUGCAGUAUACCCUCUUUCCCCCCGCUCUCUAAGUACAGUUGUCUCUCCAUAGAUUCUCUCAGCCUGUCAGACUGUGAAUCAGAUCAAUGCCUCUCCUUCCUGUCCAGGCUGUAUCACAUCCGGCCGUGAUUGGUCCCAUAGGGCGGCGCAC